AUGUCUCGCGUUUAUCUGGAUAACAACGCGACGACCCCGAUGGAUGAUCGGGUCAAGGAAGCCGUCACAGGAGCUCUCGAUCUGUGGGCGAAUCCUUCGAGCAACAAUGAAUACGCUGGGGAGGCGGCCGAGGCGAUUCAGAAAUCGAGAAAGCAUCUGGCGAAGAUGUUCAAUACGAACGCGGAGGGAGUCGUGUUUACUUCUGGAGGCACCGAAGCCAACAAUUGGGUGGUGGAUGGAGCUAUUCGGCAGUUCAUGGACAAGCAAUACGGCGGUCUUUAUAUCCUUCCUCCACAUAUCAUCACGACUAAUAUUGAGCAUCCGUCGAUUUCGGAGGCCGUCAGACGAAAGAUUGCGGAUGUUUAUUACAAUUCCAACUUUCACUCGAAUAUGGAGCAAGGUAUUAGAGUCUUUACCGUAUUAACCUGAGAGCACUGAACUUCCAGACAUGAUAACCUUCAUUCCCGUCGACCCGAACACUGGCUUCGUCUCUCCGCAGGCGGUCAUUGCGGCUCUUCGGGUGAAUACGUGUCUCGUCUCGAUCAUGCUCGCGAACAACGAGACGGGCGUUCUGCAGCCGGUCGAAUACAUUAACAGACUGAUCCGAGAGAAACAGAAGAAGGACGCGCCGUUCAUGCCGUUCUUGCAUUCAGAUGUGGCACAGGCGGCCGGAAAGGUUCCGGUGGAUGUGAAAGCACUCGGAGUGGACGCCAUCACUGUGGCGGGUCACAAGUUCUACGGACCAAGGAACGGAGCACUGAUUUCGCUCCGAAAACAACAAAGAUCCCGCCAUUUUUGAUUGGAGGCAAUCAGGAAUCGGGAUCAAGAAGCGGGUGAGCAGCAGUCCAAGGAAUGAAAGAUAUUUUGAACGAUUCAGAACAGAAAACACUCCGAUGAUUGUGGGAUUGGGAGAGGCGGCGAGAGUCUACAAUGAGAGUGCGGAGAACAUUGAAAGUGUGCUUCGUCAGAAUCGAGACCAUUUCGAGAAACUUCUUGUGGUAAGCAAUGAAACAUCAACUGAAAAGCAGAAAAGAAAGUAAUUUUUCAGGAGCGUCUCCGCAAUUCGCAUCUGAUUCACUUUCUCAGCUCCCCACGUCUUCCGAAUACUUCUAGUGUCGCCUUCAUCGAUUAUCCAUCGCAUGGAUGCGAUCUUCUGGAAAAGUGUCAGACAUUCUAUGCGUCCACUGGUGCCGCUUGCCACAAGAACGAGUGCAGUCCGAUUCUGAAGGCAUGCGGAAUCCCGUUCAACGUGGCAUCCAAGACGGUUCGCAUCAGUUUCGGGAGAUCCACUCAGCUGACAGACAUUGAGAAGGUCGUUGAGGAACUCGUGCAGCUGUGCUCUCCGAAUCCGUCAAAAGAAACAGAAUAA